GGAAACUCGGCAAGGGGCCCCAGGCGGCCCAGCGGUACCCUGGCUCACACCAGAACCGUUCGAAUGACAAGGGGUGUCCUGCCUGAAAACGCCUUGCGGGGCUCAGCUUCCCCUUAGCUACACUGCUUUACAGGUAGAGAGCGGCCCUGAAUCCUGGGCAGAGGCUGGGCUCAGGAGCAUGUGCCAGCAUAGUGGGGCUAUUAGAGGGGACGGUUAAUACAGCCUGCAAGCUGUCAUUUAUCAGUAAGUAUUCAAUGAAGUCCGCCAGGAGCCCACGUCUAUGCUAGGCCCUCUACAAUACCAGCUUAGGAAAGAUAGUGGCGGUAUCUAGCACGGUUCCUAAGACCAUUAGCUCCAGUCAGGCUCCCCGACUUUAAAUUCGGCCUCUACUGCUUCACAUCUGUGGACUGUCAGCCACUUUCUUCAUAUAUGUUCUUUCCAUUGCCUCAUUUCUGAAACUGUGGCCAAAUAAACCCACUUGGAAUUAUUCAACCUUUGCUGAACUUCUUGAGUAGAUGUAACUAAGAGGUGACUAUAAUUGGAGAAUUCUUAAGAGUUUCACUAUAUUAUGAAAAUGUGUGCUUAAAGUUGGUAAUCAUAAAAAAUAAUUUUGAAAUGGCAGGACCUCCUGGACAUAUUGUCUACCCUAAGCACCAGGCUGGACACAUUGGGAAACAGGCUGGCCACCUGGGCUCCCAGGCCUUCUACCCAGGACGUCAGCAUGACUACCUAGUCCCACCUGCUGGCACAGCUGGCAUUCCUGUUCAAAAUCAGCCAGGUAGACCUGCAGGGGUACCAUGGAUGCCAGCACCACCGCCACCAUUAAACUGUCCGCCAGGAUUGGAAUACUUAAGUCAGAUAGAUAUGAUACUAAUUCAUCAGCAAAUUGAACUUCUGGAAGUUCUUUUCAGUUUUGAAAGUAGUAACGUGUAUGAAAUCAAGAACAGCUUUGGGCAGAGGAUUUAUUUUGCAGCAGAAGAUACUAAUUUCUGUAUCCGAAAUUGCUGUGGGCGGUCUAGACCUUUUACCUUGAGGAUUACUGAUAAUGUGGGUCGAGAAGUCAUAACUCUGGAAAGACCACUAAGAUGUAACUGUUGUUGUUGCCCCUGCUGCCUUCAGGAGAUAGAAAUCCAAGCUCCUCCUGGUGUACCAGUAGGUUAUGUUACUCAGACCUGGCACCCAUGUCUAACAAAGUUUACAAUUCAAAAUCAGAAAAGAGAGGAUGUACUAAAAAUUAGUGGUCCAUGUAUCGUGUGCAGCUGUAUUGCGGGUGUUGAUUUUGAGAUUACAUCUCUUGAUGAACAAAUUGUGGUUGGCAGGAUUUCUAAGCACUGGUCUGGGUUUUUAAGAGAGGCAUUUACUGAUGCUGACAACUUUGGGAUCCAAUUCCCUAGAGACCUUGAUGUUAAAAUGAAAGCCGUGAUGAUUGGUGCCUGUUUCCUCAUUGACUACAUGUUUUUUGAAAGAACUAGGUAAUGACUGGACUGUCAGAGUGUGGGAGUGGAUUAAUGAUUCCGGAUCUUUGGCUAGGCAAAAUGAAACUAUAACUGAUCUAAACGGUUCCUUCCUUCUUCUACUGUGCAAGGAAGAUGUGAGGAAAAACUCGCACACUAUCUGUGGAACUCAUUUAAAUUCAAAUACUAGAUAAACAUUUCGCAUUGAAUAUUUACAUGGAGAAAAAUCAUCAAACAUCAACAAUUAUCAAGUUAAUUAAUAAAAAUACUAGGUAUUGCAAAAAA